AUGGCUUUACUUUUUGGAAUUCCUAAUCCAAGACAUAGAAGAGUACAAUAUAGACAACAAAUGCGAGAUGCUGAAGACCCAUUCCUCAUAAGUGAUACCAAAUUUAUAAAGGACUUUAGAUUAUCAAAGGAUUGUGUGCGUUAUAUUAUAGCCAAAGUAAGGCCUUACAUGACCAUUAAACAACGGCCAAAUAGUUUAUCUUUGACAAGAAGGGUACUUAUUGCUAUACAUUUUUGUGCUGUGGGUAGCUAUCAAACUGGUAUAGGAGAAAACCCGUACAUACUUGUUUCUAGGAGUAUGGUAUCUAAAUGCCUAAAAGAAUUUACGGACGUCAUAGUAAACUAUGUUGCCAAUGAAUGGAUUCAAUUUCCAACAGCUCCUUUACAAAUUGCGAGGAAUAAACGCCGGUUUUUAGAAAAAUUUAAUAUACCAAAUACAAUUGGUGCAGUAGAUGGCACACAAAUAGCUAUUACACCACCCAAUGAAAUUGAUGAAUUGUAUCAAGAACAUUUAUAUAUUAACAGAAAACAGUAUCAUUCGAUCAAUUGUCAAAUAGUGAGUAACUUAACUGUCUUAACUAUCCAAAUUGAUAUGUACCCAAAUCUAGAGUAAGUAUUGUUAAUAAAUUGCAAGCAAAUGUUAUUCAUAGGUAACAGAUGCUGACUUAAAAAUAUUAUCAAUCAAUGCAAAAUAUCCAGGCCGUAGUCAUGAUGCAUAUAUAUGGAAGAACUCUGCUGUUCGUGCCCAUUUAUUAGAAACUAAUGCCAAUAACACAUUUCUCAUUGGUAAGUUCAUAAUUAUCAUAGAAGUAUAUAUAUUUUUA